GCUCCACUUAUGAGAACCAGGAUCCAAACCUGUGACUCGGCUCUGCUGCUGCUGCCUCUUCCCUUCACCUCAGACUCUCCAUUGAAGCUCGGCACAUGGAAGCAAACUAACUUUGAAUGAAGAACCUCGCCUGCCUGUUUGCACUUUCUGUCUGAAUUCCUUCACAGCCAGGAGAGCCAGUCAGAGCUGAUCACAUUGGAGACCUAAGUCAGCAACAUUGGGAAUCAUGGUCCCCUCACUGCUCUGGCUCCUGAUGCUGGGGGGACUUCAGGGUCUUUGGGCACAGGAAUAUGAUGAAGACUAUGAAGAAGAGGUGGUGACCAUCAAGAAAAAGAACAAACUAUAUCCAUCCAACUCCAUACCAGAAAAAAACAAAUCGCUAAAUGAUGAGAACUGCGGAUUGGAGUUAGCCUUCCUGAUUGACAGCUCAGAGAGCGCCAAGGACAACCAUGCCCAGGAGAAGGACUUCGCCCUGGAGGUGAUGACCCGCCUGCAGGGCCUCCGGCUGCAGACCGGCCGCAGCCUCACCUCCCGUGCCGCGCUCCUCCAGUACAGCAGCCAUGUUAUCAUAGAGCAGACCUUUAAACAGUGGAGAGGGGUCGAGGACUUCAAGGCCCGACUCGCUCCCAUCGUGUACAUCGGUCAUGGCACCUACACAACCUACGCCAUCACCAACCUCACCCGCAUCUACCUGGAGGAGUCGGACACCAGCAGCAUCAAGGUGGCCAUCCUGCUCUUCGACGGCAUCUCGCACCCCAGGAAUCCAGACAUAUUGUCAGCUGUGGCUGAUGCCAAGAACCAGGGCGUGCGUUUCUUCACCAUCGGCAUCACACCGGAAGCCAAGGAGGCAGCCAACAUAGAAAAGCUGCAGAUGGUUGCUAGCACCCCCGCCUCCCGCUACCUCCACAACCUGCAGGACGCAGGCAUCGUGGAGAAAGUCAUUAAGGAGAUUACGGCGCUGGCAGAUGAAGGGUGUCCCCUGGCCCAGAGCACCUGUGUCUGCGACAAGGGAGAGAGGGGCCCCGCCGGCCCUAUGGGAAAGAAGGGCCGUCCUGGAGAAGAUGGAAGUAAUGGUUCAAAAGGACAGAAGGGUGAGGGGGGUCUCAGUGGACUUCCAGGUCGUGCAGGAGCAGAGGGGAAAUCAGGAUACAAAGGAGAGCAGGGGGAGAGAGGGGAGUGUGGGACACCUGGAAUUAAAGGAGACAGAGGUCCUGAAGGAAAUGUUGGCCCCAGAGGAAACCGUGGUCCCCAGGGUUUGCCUGGUCCACAUGGUGAUAUCGGACCUGAAGGUGCGAUGGGUAAAAAAGGGGAAAGGGGACUUCUUGGGCCACCUGGAAUCCAAGGGGAAACUGGGAUCGGCCUUCCGGGACCCAAGGGUGUUGUUGGCUUCCAGGGGCAACUAGGGCUCCCCGGUCCUCCAGGGCUCGGCGAGUUGGGACCACCGGGACCUAAAGGGCAGCAGGGAGUCCAAGGUGAGAGAGGACCACUGGGAGAAGGUCUCCCUGGCCCAAAGGGAGAGCGAGGCCUGGACGGACCACGAGGGCCCAGAGGACAGCCGGGCGCUGGAAUUAAAGGAGACAAGGGGGAUUUUGGACCUCCAGGUCUUCCAGGACCCCUUGGACUUCCGGGCCUGGGCAUACAGGGUGAGAAGGGGGUAGAAGGACCAAGGGGGCCACUAGGAAGCAGGGGCCCACAAGGGGAGGGCCUGCCUGGAUCCAAGGGAGACCAAGGGCUGCCAGGUGAAGCUGGCGCUCCAGGGGAGAGAGGGGCUGGAGACCCUGGAUCUAAGGGUGAGCCAGGAUCAACAGGGAUCUCAGGUCUGCCUGGGCUGCCAGGAGAGGACGGGGCUCCUGGACAGAAGGGGGAGCCCGGACCUUCAGGUCUCAGGGGCCUAGAGGGGGCACCUGGAAUUGGCACUCAGGGGGAAAAGGGUGACCAAGGCCAAAGAGGAAUAAGAGGUUUGACAGGUCCAUCUGGCAUCUCUGGACCCUCUGGACCAAAGGGGGAACCAGGAACACAAGGCCGGGGGGGGCCUCCUGGUCAACAAGGACGUUUCGUUGCUGGACCAAAGGGGGACCUCGGCCCCAAUGGGCCUCCUGGUCCAAUCGGGGAAAAUGGCUAUGGACUCCCUGGCCCGAAGGGGGACCGUGGGAAUCCAGGCCCUUUAGGUCCAUUUGGUCCCAAAGGAGACGGCUACCCCGGCCCCACGGGCCCUCCUGGUCUGCCUGGACUGACAGGAGAACCCGGCCAAGAAGGAGUGGGCGUCCCGGGACCAAAGGGGGAUAUUGGUUUCCGGGGGCCGAAUGGUUUACCAGGACCUCCGGGCGAAGGACUCCCAGGACCUCUGGGUAACCCCGGCCGACCUGGGCCAUCGGGGCCAAUAGGGCCACAGGGACAAGGAGUUCAAGGGCCAAAGGGGGAACACGGGUCCCAGGGUGUGACCGGGCCGAGGGGGCUGCCUGGAGACGGCUUUCCUGGAGCUAAAGGGGACCGUGGCUCGGCCGGGGAGAGAGGGUUGAAGGGAAUCGGAGGUGACAUGGGAGAUCCUGGAACCCCGGGGCAAACAGGUCGAUCUGGUAUCAAAGGUGAAGCUGGGCUCACGAGAGAGGACAUCAUCCGAAUGAUCAGAGAGAUCUGUGGAUGUGGGAUCAAGUGUAAGGAGAGGCCCAUGGAGCUGGUGUUUGUCAUCGACAGCUCAGAGAGCGUGGGCCCAGAGAACUUUGAGAUCAUCAAGAGCUUUGUGAACGCACUGGUGGACCGGGUCACGGUGGGACGCAACGCCACCAGGAUCGGCCUGGUGCUGUACAGCCUGGAGGCGAAGCUGGUGUUUAACUUGGCUCGCUACGUCUCCAAACAGGACAUCAAGCAGGCCAUCGGAAAGACCCUGUACAUGGGAGAGGGCACGAACACGGGCACGGCCAUUCGUAAAGCCACACAGGAAGCCUUCCAAAGCUCACGUGCUGGGGUCAGCAAAGUGGCCAUUGUGAUCACCGACGGCCAGACGGACAAGCGGGAGCCGGUCAAGCUGGAUAUCGCGGUUCGAGAAGCACACGCCGCCAAUAUCGAGAUGUUUGCUCUGGGGAUAGUGAACACCACCGACCCGACACAGGCCGAGUUCCUCAGGGAGCUGAACCUGAUCGCGUCUGACCCGGACGCAGAGCACAUGUUCCCCAUCGACGACUUCAACACUCUGCCAGCUCUGGAGUCCAAGCUGGUCAGCCGGUUCUGUGAGGACGAGAACGGAGCCCUGAUAUACAACACAAUAACUAACGGCUACAACGGCUAUGGAAACAACGGCCACAACGGCAACAGGAAUGGCAUUAAUGGGAAGUUCGCCAGCGGUGGCUAUGGAAUCCGGCCUGUGACCGAGGAGGGAGCAGCCAGCGGCCGACAGACUGGAACCAGCAGCCACAGCCUCGGAGGCCAUGUGGACAGCACGAGACACGGCAUUAAAGGAUCCAGCACAACACAUGGAGGAGGAGGAGGAGCAGGAGGAGGAGGAGGAAGAUGGCAGAAUGCACACACUGAAACAACAAACAGGGGAACGGAGCGCGGGGACACAUUUAACCGUGAAACGAUAGAUCCUUCCGGAGGGGACUCCACCAGGAGGCGAGGAUCAUCUUCAUCAUCUUCUACAAAUGUAACCACAUCAUCCUCAGGUGGAUCUGUAGCUGCCCCGAGGCCGGCGCUCCCCAAAGAGACCGUCCCCCUGGACCCACGCUGCGGCCUGGCUCUGGACCAGGGCACGUGUCGGGAUUACAACAUCCGCUGGUACUACGACAAGCAAGCCAACGCCUGCGCCCAGUUCUGGUACGGAGGCUGCAACGGCAACAAGAACCGCUUCGACACGGAGGAGGAGUGCAAGAGGACGUGUGUGAUCCCCAGGUCCACCGGCGGCUGAGAGGAAGCGUCUGCUGGAGACACCUCACGGAGGAGCAGCUAGAACCAGCCUCUCGCUGGGUUAUGUAAAGUUCUUGCAUCACUGAUGUUCCAUAUCACCACCACGUAAUAGUUCCUGUCGUGACCUCCUGUCUGAUCAGAUGAAGCCACGCUACGUUGGAUAGAUACCUCCAUUGUUUUUAUUGAUUAAUAUUAGCAAAUACUGCAGGAGAAACUCCUUCGCUCUUUUCUCAGGAAUUCAGAUGAUCAGUGUGUUUCCAAAUCUCCAGGGAUCACACACAGCCUGUGAUCACACACAGCCUGUGAUCACACACAGCCUGUGAUCACACACAGUGCAUCAAUCUGUCAAUCAACAAACCGUUUCUUUACUCGCUGGAUCGGCCGCUGCUCAAGCUUUAAUCACAAGAACCAAUUAGACACGACUGAGACUGAGCCUCUCAUCACGUAAAUCAACACAAUAUACUUUGUUCUUAUAGAAAGUUACUGACGCUCUUUGGGAUCAUUUUGUGCAUUUGAAUGUUUUGUUUUGUGUUAACAUUGUUUCACUUGUUUCCUUCUCUACAUGUCUACACACACACACACACACACACACACACACACACACACACACACUGCCCUCUACUGGCCAACACAUCCUGUGAACUGAACCAAGCUGUACUGACUGGAUGAAUUCAUAUUCUGUUGUUUUUUUCACGUUGUCAAUAGUUGAUGUCAAACAUUUGUAAUAAAUCGGAUCCAAACUAA